UGCAGCCAACAACGCAACCGACUUCAAUAACUGAAUUUCCUUCGGUGCAAGGCACUGCCUGCCUUCGAUACACUUUCACAAACCUCAGAAUCGCCCUGCGCAGGUUUUAAUAUUCGAACAGUCGGACAAGGCAGUUUCUGUUCCAGGCAACGAUCCGAGUCUCGGACUAGCCGCCCGCCAUCCGCCAUGGCGACCGAAUUCAUCGGCGUGCAGAUGCUGGUAACGCUGCACGGCGAUCCGCCAGCACGUCUCAAAGGGACCAUUAGUGCUGUAGAAGCCGGCGCCAGUCUGACUCUAAGCAACGUCUGGAUGCUCAAUACCAACGAAUGGCGCCCUCGCAUCACCAUCUCCUCAACAGAGAUUGCCGAUCUUGCCGAGGUACCAAGCGCACCUCCGCCGGACCUCUCCAACCCCGUUCAGAAGAAAGCCCCUCCGAUUGUACCUCAUAUUCCCCAGCCGGCGCCCAAACCAGCCCUCGUUGAUCCUGCCAUCCUGGCAGUGGGAAAGCCGGCGCCAGCUACAUCACCGGCGCACCUGCCAGAGACCCGUCUCCCACCAAUCAAGAUAGAGAAGCGCAGUCAGGACACAGUCAUUGUUCCCGUAACCCAAGCCGAGGGCACGACGGAGGAUCUCACCCCUACCGUUCGCACGGCAACUCUAAAGGGGUCAAAGGUUGAGGGCGAUGGUGCAGAAACUGAGUCAGCGGAAGAUAAGGAUGCUACAGGCGUUGUUCUCGAGUACGAUGAGACAGUUCGUCGGAAGAAUAGGCGGCGGCAGCGGAAGCCGGGGAACGCAAAGACAUCUCAGGAGGAUGUUGAGGCGUCCCCAGCGCCUUCAACGAAAACAGCCGGCAAAGGGAAGGGCUGGAGACAGACACCCAUCCUGCAAAGCACAGCAUCCUUCCAACCGUUCGCCUCGCUAAAACGAAACGGCACUAAGGGUCGCCAGGCCCUGGAUAACGGGUGGGCAUCUGAGGACGUUACGGAUGUUCAGGAGAUGGGCGACUUUGACUUUGAAGGAGGCCUGGCAAAAUUCGACAAGCAGAAUCUGUUCGAGCAGAUGAGAAAAGACGAUCAGGUCGAUGAAGCUGACCGCCUGGUGUCGCACAACCGGCAACCCCGUCCCAAGCCCGGCACGGCCGGCGGCAAGAAUCUCCACUACUCAGAAAAUGUGCUGGACAUGCCUACAACCAUACUAAAACCGCCCAAGGACAGGCCCGCAACCAAGGAGACACCCAACGACUUUUGGAAUAGCGAGGCGGAUGACGGUGUACCCAACAACAGCGAGCGACUGAGCGGCAGAGACCCCGGCAUGGGCAGCCGGCAGGGUUCGCGUCGCGGAGAGAAUAAGGUUCCGGCAGGCCGGCGUUCCCAUUCUCGCAAAGCCGCCGAGCCGACGAGAACCGGAUCUGGCCCUAGCAGAGUAAGCUCCGGUGUAAGCCACUACCGCAAUCAGUCUGCCAAAGGGAGCCGGCCAAGUAGUCGGCUUUCGUCGCGCGCCGCGGCCGCUGACAAGAAGAAACAGCUUCCGACACCAGCCGUCCCGCAGGGUCUCUACUUGCUGCCGUCGAAUCGCCGGGUCGAGGCUGUCUCGCCAUUGCAAAUGUUCAAUAUCGAAAACAUAGCGCAUAACGAGAUCGGGUUAACAGAGGAGAUGAUGACGGAGAACGCAGGCCGCGGCAUUGCCGAGGUGACACUAAACGCACUAGCCGACCCUGCCAUUAAGGUGCGGCACGCUGGCAACGUCGAUCCGGCCACGGGCAACCCACCCCCGCAAACCGUAGUGGUUCUUGCGGGCAACAAUAAGUCUGGAAGCCGCGCCAUCGCCGGCGCUCGCCACCUGCGGAACAAGGGCAUCAACGUCCUCGUAUGCGUUGUUGGCCUCGAGCGCGGCGAGAGGGACCUGCUCGAGGAGGUUAAGCAGCAGGUGCGGCUAUACAAGAACCUUGGCGGGCGCGUCUUUGCAAAGAGCGACUUCUUUGAGCAUUUGCGCAAGAUCAGCAUCCCCAUGUUGACCAUCGACACGCCCCGCACUUCGCUGAGCAGCCUGGCGAACCCAGCCCCUGUGAUGCUCAUCAUCGACGCGCUCCUCGGGCUUGCCAUCUCCUUUGAGGAGCUCCGAAACGGCGAUCAAGCGACCGUGUACGAGCUCAUAGAGUGGGCGAACCGCAACGAGGCGUUCGUGCUGUCCGUCGAUGUGCCGACGGGCAUAGACCCGACCACAGGCAAAGCCAGCGUCAUCGACGGCAGCAGGCUGUACGUCAGGCCGCGGUACGUCGUGGCCAUUGGCGCGCCGAAACGCGGCCUGCUCGAGGCCUUGAUGGCGGCGGAUAACGAUGAUGCCGAUACCGUCCUCGCCGGAGAGCACGCCGCUUUGCCGGAUGACGCUGUGUCGGACUGGAAGCUCUAUAUCGCGGAUAUGGGCUUGGGGCAGGCCGUGUGGAAGAAGGCCGGGACUAAGAUGAGGAAGGGCGUCGAUUUUGAUAGCAGCUGGGUGUUGGAGAUGAGGUAUCGUGGGUCGGUGAAUGACGAGGAUGAGGAGCUGGCUUAAGAGGGUUGUCGGGUACUGUGCAGAUGGGGGCUUUGUUGUCAAGAUAUCUUGUGGUUGGACCUUACGGCGAUGAUGGCAUGAACAGUGCAUAUUGCAUUUGGGGCGGUGCCUUUAUGGCUUUUUUUCUCUCAACCAGCAAGGCGUCAAGUGGGGAUUUUGUUUUUUUCGCGGUGACUUGGCUUUGCAUUGCAUCGGAUUAGGACGGAUAGCCUACGUGUAAGAGAGGCAUGAGUUACCUUGCCUAGAUAGAUGAGCUUCAUUCGAAGGGAGAGAGCUGAUGGAAGCCCUACACGGCUUUCAACUCUGAGUUGAGUCAGCAUUGGGCAAUAGCGACAUAGCACGAGGCUCAGUCAUCGAUGUGAUUGCCAGACGGAAAAUGGCGGCGCUUCUAUUGCGUAGGUGGCUCAGGGUUCAGGGGCAACUCUAGACCGGAAUCUUUGACAAGAUUGACUUUGAUACUCUUGCUCUUGGCUAUAUUUCUUGCAGUUGCCCGUGAC